ACACUCAAAAAUUCAACCGCAAUUAAAUUUUUUCGGUUCAAUACACUACAUACUGGUUACUUGAAAAAGAAUAUAAUUUUUAUUCAUAUUUAAUGAAAUAUGAUAUAAAUGAUCAAAUAUCCAGCGGAGACAACCCUACCCGGUCAUUAUGACACAAAUUGGAUAGUUCAAGGUGAUAGGUCAAGAGGAAAAGAUUGAAUGUUAAUUUAAAAUAAUUGAUAAUUUUCUGUUAGUGAUAAGAGUUUCAACAUUUUUUAUUCUAUUCGUACUCUUAGACCAGCCUACUUUUCGAGUUUUCGUAAUUAAUUAUUAUGUCUACAGCUGGAAAGGUUAUUACCUGCAAAGCCGCAGUAGCGUGGGGCCCUAAUGAGGAUCUAAAGAUAGAAACUAUUCAAGUAGCGCCUCCUGCGGACCAUGAAGUCAGAAUAAAAAUCUGUUAUACAGCAGUAUGUCAUACUGAUGCUUACACGUUAAGCGGUCAAGAUCCUGAAGGAUUAUUUCCUGUUGUUUUGGGUCAUGAGGGGUCUGGAAUAGUUGAGAGUAUAGGAGGGGGAGUUACCAAUGUUGCAGUUGGUGAUCAUGUAAUACCAUUAUAUGUUCCUCAAUGUGGAGAAUGUAAAUUUUGCAAAUCACCAAAAACCAAUUUAUGCCAAAAAGUUCGCACAACUCAAGGUCAAGGGGUUAUGCCAAAUGGAACUUCAAGAUUUACCUGUAACGGUAAAAAUUUAUAUCAUUUUAUGGGAUGUUCUACUUUUUCUGAAUACACUGUGGUAGCUGAUGUAUCUGUGACAAAGAUUGAUGUCUCUGCACCGCUUGAGAAAGUUUGUUUGCUGGGUUGUGGAGUGCCAACUGGUUAUGGAGCUGCAUUGAACACUGCUAAGGUUGAGAAAAACUCUACUUGUGCAGUUUGGGGAUUGGGUGCUGUUGGUUUGGCCGUAGGUUUAGGAUGUAAAGCAGCCGGAGCUUCCAAAAUUAUUGGAAUUGAUAUAAAUGCAAGGAAAUUUGAAAAAGCUAAGGAUUUCGGUUUUACUGAUUUUAUAAACCCUAAAGACUUCGAGAAACCAAUUGAGCAAGUUCUGAUAGAAAUGACUGAUGGUGGUUUAGAUUAUACUUUUGAAUGUAUCGGGAAUACUGCUACAAUGAGAGCAGCCUUAGAAUCGUGUCACAAAGGAUGGGGCGUUUCCACAAUUGUAGGUGUAGCUGGUGCUGGUCAGGAAAUUAGCACAAGACCAUUUCAGUUAGUUACUGGUAGAACAUGGAAGGGAACAGCUUUUGGAGGCUGGAAAAGUCGUGAAAGCGUUCCUCGGCUGGUUGAGGAGUAUUUAUCCAAGAAAUUAAUUCUGGACGAGUUCAUCUCACAUAAGUUGAGUUUCACAGAAAUAAACGAAGCUUUCCAUCUCAUGCAUAAGGGAGAAAGCAUUCGCUCUGUUUUGAAAGUAAGUGAAAAUUGAUGGACUUUGUAACAUGUAAGAAAUAAAUACACUUGGUUCUUCAGGGUUUUUUUUUCAACAAAUGUAAUAUCAAAAAAUUUUAUAAAGAAAAUAAAAAUCAUUUCAAAUUUGAA